GUGUGUGUGUGUGUGCGUGGAAGCCUGAUGAAAUGAAAUGCCAGGAUUGGGCUACCUCCAGGGAGAGCCUCUCCAUCCUAUAAUGUGAGCCAGCCAGCAGCACUGUGAGAUCAGGGAGAAGCUGCAUCCAUCAAGCUACGGGCCUCCGGAGGACCAGGCGUGAUCCAACGGGAGGGGAGAUUUAAAAAAAAAAUAUUCUUCUCUGCUGUGGAGAGAAGGGAUUGUCGUCAUCCCCCCAUCCAUCCUUUUUUUUCUCUGUGGUGCCCCCUCCUUCCUCCUUCGCCUCCACUCUCAUUUUUUCCCCCUCAUUCUUCUAGAGGCGCUCGUUGGAAUAUCAAACCUCCAUGUAUGACAAUUUGUACCUGCAUGGAUUUGAAGACUCGGAGGCGGGCUCAGCUGAUUCAUAUACUAGCAGACCAUCAGACUCAGAUGUCUCCCUGGAGGAGGAGCGGGAGGUGCAGGCCCAGGUCCAGAGCCAGAGCCCAAGCCAGAGCCAAGGACCGGGACAGAGCCGCCAGGAGAGGGAGCAGCAGGCCACCAUUCAACUGGAGAGAGCCAAGACUAAGCCUGUGGCAUUUGCUGUAAGGACCAACGUCAGCUACUGUGGUGCACUGGAUGAGGAUGUUCCAGUCCCAGCCACAGCCAUCUCCUUUGACGCCAAGGAUUUCCUCCACAUAAAAGAGAAGUUCAACAAUGACUGGUGGAUCGGUCGGUUAGUGAAGGAGGGCUGUGAGAUCGGCUUCAUCCCCAGCCCUCUGAAGCUCGAGAACAUCCGACUCCAGCAGGAGCAAAAGAGAGGACGAGUCCAAGGUAAGUCUGGAGGGAACUCUUCUUCCAGUGUAGAGGAUGAGGUUUCUGCCUCUAUCCGACCCCUCAUAUCCUCAGCAGGAAAGCAGAAACAGAAAGUGACGGAGCACAUCCCCCCGUAUGACGUGGUUCCCUCCAUGAGGCCUGUGGUGCUGGUGGGACCCUCGCUCAAAGGUUAUGAGGUGACAGACAUGAUGCAGAAAGCACUGUUUGACUUCCUCAAGCACAGAUUUGAUGGCAGGAUAUCUAUCACACGAGUCACAGCCGAUAUCUCAUUAGCCAAGAGAUCUGUUCUCAACAACCCCAGUAAGAGGGCCAUCAUCGAGAGAUCCAACACUCGCUCCAGCUUAGCUGAAGUGCAAAGUGAGAUCGAGAGGAUCUUUGAGUUGGCCCGCUCCCUGCAGCUGGUGGUGCUGGACGCUGACACCAUCAACCAUCCAGCUCAGCUCCUCAAGACCUCCCUCGCCCCCAUAAUUGUUCACGUUAAAGUCUCCUCGCCAAAGGUUCUGCAGAGGCUAGUCAAAUCCAGAGGGAAGUCCCAGAGCAAACAUCUGAAUGUCCAGCUUGUGGCAGCUGACAAGUUGGCCCAGUGUCCUCCAGAAAUGUUUGACAUCAUCCUGGACGAGAACCAGCUGGAGGACGCCUGCGAGCAUCUCGCCGAAUACCUCGAGGCCUAUUGGAAAGCUACCCACACCUCGAUGGCGACGCCCCUGAACCCCCUGCUGGGACGCAACCUGGGCCCCACCACCCUCACCCCCUACCCCACCAGCAUCUCUGGACUGCAGCAGAGCCAAAGAAUGCGACAGAGCAACCACACGGGAGAUCACUCCACCCCGAACGAACGACGCAACCUGAUGACAUCGGACGAAAACUACCACAACGAGCGGGCGCACAAGGGACGCAACCGCAUGUCUUCUGGCUCGCAGCAUAGCCGAGAGCAGCAGGACCCCUACCAGGACUACCAGGACCCCUAUCAGGAUGCAUACAAGCCACAUCGCAAUCGCAGUUCACCCGGCAGCUACAGCCAUGACUCCCGGCACCGGCUCUGAGCCCACCUCCAUCAUCACCGGGGCCCAGACGGCCCAGAUACCACGACAAACGCUGCAACAGAGCCAAGACAGUCCCAAAUUGUACCUUUUUAGUUUCAGUUAAUUUGUGUCGUCUACCUGGCUAUUUUUCUCUUUAAAAUUCCAACUAAAUCACUUUCAGGUGUUUUUUUUUUUUUGUUUUUUUUGGAGAGGUUCAGGAUGCCAACAAUGCUGUAAAAUGAAUUCCUUUAAUUUCUGUUUUUCUGGGACCUUUUGGGAACACAAAGCUCAGCAGACGUGCAGCGCAGAUUGGGCUUGUUGCCUCGGUCAGCAAGCUAAUUAUGGAUAGUGGUCAGAUGGUGAUGGUGUAUGGGCUUCUAAGUGCCUGGGACAUCGCACCCGGUCGGAGGGAAGUCCACUGCACACAGACGGCUGAAGGCUGCUGACCCGCACCCUGGGCCAUGUAUAAAUCCUCUCACCAUUUAGCUUAUUGCAUGCUGAUAGAUGACCAACCUCCGCAUCCACUCCAUUGAUAUUUUGUACCUAGCAUUCUGGAUUCUCUUAUAAUGAGGUGUAGAUACGGAGGUCCAAUUUUCUAAAAGACCUGAUUGUGUGGAACGGCGUCUGGUGGCGGGGGGUUCGCGUUGGUGAUAACUGGCUGCUAGUUUUGAAAACUGGUGCUUCACAUUCCCAAACUAUUUUGCUAUUUGAAAGUCACUUUGAGCAAGGCCAGCUUUUCUGUAGCAUAGCUUUAGGAUUUAAUUUGGGUGAAGACCCUCACCGUCACAAGUGGGGCAGAUUCUGAUGGUGCUGGGAUCAGAUCUCGGUUACACUGUAGGAGAAGGCAAUACUGCUCGCACUUAGACAGUCGGAUAGAAUAGUGAAAUACUACUUGAGAUGCUGUUUGAUGUUGUUUAGACUGCUGUGAGAACCUUUUGG